AGGUGCUGUCCUUACCGUUCAAGCGUGUCGUGGCGAGUGUUGUUCCGCUCGGUGCGAACCCCAGCAAGAAGGCUGAAGACGUCACUCGGCCCAGAGAAAGUCCGUAAGGCGAGGGUUCCACGCGUGCUGGGAAUUUUACGAGUAGAACGACGGUGGUGACAAACAGACCACACUGCCCUCAGCCUCGAUCUCGGAGAUCGGCACAAACCUGUACAAACUCUACCUCCCGAGGCUGCGCGGAACAUGACCAGAUCCCAGUGGCUGAUCGCCUCCCGGGCUGUACGACGGACGCCGUCACCUGCCCGCUGGACAUCCCAGAGAUCGACGUCUUUUGCAAGAGCUGGAAUACCGACCUCAACCAGGCCGCAUUCGACGGCAUCCUCACCACCCAUAUCAUCCUCCUCGUCUUCCGUAUCACCCUCUGAAGUCAGCCACUUCUCCCGCCUCGCCUCAACAUGGUGGGAUCCUCACGGCCCUUCACGGCUCCUACACCUCAUGAACCCUCUCCGUCAUGACUUCAUACAAUCCUGCCUCCUCGUCUCUCCUUCAUCGUCCAUGUCCACGUCCACGUCCACCACAGACCACCCCCCUCCCGAGCAGUCAGGACUCUCCUACCUCGACAUAGGCUGCGGCGGCGGCAUCUUCGCGUCCUCCGCCGCCCGCCUCCCGUCCACACAGUCCGUCACCGCAAUCGACCCUACACCGCUCGUCAUCGAAGUGGCCAAGUCUCACCAGCGCUCCGAUCCCGCCCUGUCCCCUCCCAAACUGCAAUACUUGAACUGCGCCAUUGAAGAUCUUCCCCAACAUCACACCGCUACCGCUACCGAUGCGGGAUCAUCUGGAUCCUCAGAAUCAUCAGAGCAGAAGAAGAAGAAAAAAUACGAUAUAAUAACCGUCUUCGAAGUCCUCGAACACAUCGACUCCCCCUCCGCGUUCCUCGACAGCGCCCUCACGCACCUCAAGCCCGGCGGCUGGCUCGUCGGCAGCACCAUCUCGCGCUCACCGACAGCCUGGUUCACCACGAAACUCAUCGCCGAGGCCCCCGUGAUCGGGGUCGUCCCCGCCGGCACGCACGAUUGGAACAAGUACAUCAACCCUUCUGAACUACAGACAUAUUUCGAGACACGCGCGUCGGGUCGGUGGGCGGACUUCCGCACGCAGGGCGUGAUCUAUGUGCCGAUGCUGGGUUGGCGGAACGUGAAUGGAAGCGAGCAGUUGGGUAAUUAUUUCUUUGGCGUGAGAAAAGUGGCUUGAAGAGAAGCGAGCAGUUUGCGCACGGGCAACGUUUUCUUUGGCCUCUCCGAAAAAAAGGUCGCUUGAAAAUCUCUCACGACGAGGGCCCGGCUCGCAUGGACGGAGAGCAUUAGGAUUUACCGUCAUGGGACGAGAUCCGAGCGAAACCGAACGAAAGAUGGCCGCUUAACGUGGCCACUCAGGCUUUCUGCUCUUCGAGGGUCCAAGAAAGAGAAAGGAUGACGAGCUGAGGAAGCAGCCUGUUUGCACAACAAGACUGUUUCUCCCUCCGACCAGGAUGCCUUCCAACGGAGAGCGCGUCCUUGGAAACAGUAACAGUAUCACCCUGCAGAACAGUCGGCCCUGUCUGCUGUCGAUGGCCUAGGUUCCGGGAGUUUAAUCAACGCUUCCUCAAAGCAGCCGAACAGACCGCUUUCGACGGCGUUGGCCUACCAAUCGAUAAACGUGCAACAGCUCAUGGCCUUACGGUUUUGUAUAACAGGUAAUGCCAUGUACAUGUAUAUUCGCCUGCAACAAGCUGGCUGAAAGACUGUAACACUAUCAACCGGUGCAUUACACCUGCGAAAGGAAAAUGUGGGUUUGAAGAUAGAAACACACAAUGCACGAUAGCAUAGAUGUGAUACUUGAUUACAAGAGCCGUCCUUACGGAGUACAGCUCAACCCAAAUCCAACGCCGAUGGUAUGUAUACAGUGUGCACUGUCCUGUAGCAGCGCUGGGUAUCAAGUCUCAUUCCAGUCGUGUCAAUGUACAAUCAGCGCAAAGCCCCG